AUGUCAGGGUCCUUCAGUGCUGCGGCCGCACAAGGGGGGGGGGGGGGUGGCCCGAAAACCGGACCUCGGACUGUCGCGGCAAAGCACCAGCCAAGAGAUAAUCUCGUCCACACCUUGCCUCUACUCGUCAUUUCGCCCGCCUACUCCUGCUUCUCUCAUCGGGUCUCGGACGAUAUGGACACUGAUGCUUCGGGCUCGAACAUCCGCAGGUCCCCGCAGCGGUUCCUGACGGGAAGCGCGGGAUUUCGCCACGAUGAGCCUAUGUGCUGGGGACACUGGAUGCACUGGGUUGCCGCCCCAAUAGUACCUAUGGGUGAUGGCUCGCCUGUCUUAAACGGUGGUCUGGCCCGCGAUGGCAGUCGAGCCUUCACAGCGAGACCCGGUAACUGCUGGUUGGCCACCUCAUUUCGUCUCCUCAAUGCUAUCUGCUACGAGGUGCCACGGAGACGCGCAAGGCGAUGA